CGCCCUCGUCCCCGCGGGAUCCCGGAGCAGAGCCGGCCGCGGCCGAGGCAGCCCGAGCCGUGUUGCGAGCGAAGAUGGCAGCAGAAUGAGAAGGCUGGCGCCGGGUCGUGGCCUCUGCGGUCGCUGUCGCCACGCUGCAGCUCAAGAUCUGCACGCGGCGCCCUCAGAGCCUCGUGCUUAGCCGGCCUCCUGGUGGCCGCUGAAUUAUUUCAUUCUGGGCUGAGCGCCGGGGAGAAAGGGGACCCCGCAGCGGAGCCGUGCCUAGCUCUGGCAGCCUGUAGAGGCUUGUGCGUGCGACACUGGCCGGCUGCGGAAAAGACGCGGGAGAGAACCAGUCCCAGGCUGCAUUGGCGCGGGUGCGGGGAUGAGCCGGCCAUGGAGUGGCCUCCGCGGGGCGCACGGAGCUGGCUGGUGCUGCGGCGGGUGUGCAGCCUGAACCGAGGUUCCUCGGGUCUUCGGGGCCUCGGGCGCCCUGGGGGCGUCUCUGCCGCCGCCUCCGGGAAGGACUGGAGCCCCGCGUGGCGGACUCUGCAGCAGUCACUGUACUGAGGCUCCCAGAGACUGCUUUGCCUGCAGCUGGGUGCGCUCUCGGCACCCGGGCUCCUUGCCCAGGGCACGGCGGCUGGCGCACAGAGGCGAGCCGGGUGCAGGACUGGCUAGAGGGGUGUGGGCGAGCGUGUUGGACUGGAGAGCCGAGCUAAAGCUGAACCAGGCAAGCCCGAGCAGCCAUGCUUCCCGGGGUGGGCGUGUUCGGCACCAGCCUCACCGCCCGAGUCAUCAUCCCGCUGCUGAAAGACGAGGGCUUCGCAGUGAAGGCGCUGUGGGGCCGCACACCGGAGGAGGCGGAGGAGCUAGCCAAGGAGAUGAGCGUUCCCUUCUAUACCAGUCGCAUUGACGAGGUGCUGCUGCAUCAGGACGUGGACUUGGUGUGCAUCAACCUGCCUCCGCCUCUCACCAGGCAGAUCGCUGUCAAAACCUUGGGCAUUGGCAAGAACGUCAUCUGUGACCGCACGGCCACGCCGCUGGAUGCCUUCCGCAUGAUGUCUGCCGCCCACUACUACCCCAAGCUCAUGAGCAUCAUGGGCAAUGUGCUGCGUUUCCUGCCAGCCUUCGUGCGCAUGAAGCAGCUCAUUGAGGAGGGCUACGUGGGUGAGCUGCUGGUGUGCGAGGUGCAGGUGCACAGCGGCAGCCUGCUGGGCAAGAAGUACAACUGGAGCUGCGACGACCUGAUGGGCGGAGGCGGCCUGCACUCGGUGGGUACCUACAUCAUCGACCUGCUCACCUUCCUCACUGGCCAGAAGGCUGUCAAGGUCCACGGGCUGCUCAAGACCUUCGUGAAGCAAACGGACCACAUAAAGGGCAUCCGCCAGAUCACCAGCGAUGACUUCUGCACCUUCCAGAUGGUGCUGGAGGGUGGGGUGUGCUGCACCGUCACCCUCAACUUCAACGUGCCAGGUGAGUUCAAGCAGGACGUGACUGUGGUGGGCUCAGCCGGGCGCCUGCUGGCGGUGGGCACGGACCUUUACGGGCAACGCAAUAGCGCCCCGGAGCAGGAACUGCUUCUGCAGGACUCCACACCUGUCAGCAACUCCCUUCUGCCCGAGAAGGCCUUCAGCGACAUCCCCUCGCCCUACCUGCGUGGCACCAUCAAGAUGAUGCAGGCGGUGCGCCAGGCCUUCCAGGACCAGGACGACCGACGCACGUGGGACGGACGGCCGCUCACCAUGGCUGCGACCUUUGACGACUGCCUGUAUGCCCUGUGUGUGGUAGACACCAUCAAGAGGUCCAGCCAGACCGGCGAGUGGCAGAACAUCGCCAUUAUGACUGAGGAGCCAGAGCUCAGCCCCGCCUACCUGAUCAGCGAGGCCAUGCGCAGGAGCAGGAUGUCCCUGUACUGUUAGCAUGGUCUGGGGACCUAGGAGGACUUAGACCUUCCUCAAGCGGCCCAGAGUUGGGGAAAGGCAUUGGGGAGAGGGGGGCCUCCAGGAGUAGGGGGAGGGGGAGGGGCAGUGGGAGUAAAUGGCUUGUGGGAAAGUGAACCCCAGCCCAGGUGAGGGGCCCCAAACAAGACUGUUAGGAUGCUGAGUAAAUAGCUUGAGAGUGUUCAGAGGGCCUGCCUUUUCUGAGAUCAUCCCUCCUGGGCAUUUGCAUGAGAGGUAGAAAAGCAAGGAGGGAGACUUUCCUUCUCAUCUCAUUCACCCCCCACACCUUGGCCUCUUUUGCAAGCCAAAUGGUCCUGUGAGAUCAAGCUUAGUUGGUGAAGGCUCUCCCUCCUCCCUACCCGCCUCAGGCUGGCAGGAGAAGGCAUAUCCCCACAUGUCCACACAAGCCUGUUAGUCUGGGGAAAGGUGGGGAUGCAGUGGACUAAUGGAAAAGUUCAAGUUCCAGGAAACCACUUUAAGUGUCUGGAGGAAAAAGCACUUGGUAGUGAAGUGUACAGCUUUCUCGACUGAUUGGGCUUCCUCCUAGGAAGCCGGAGGGAGUGUCUUCUUAAUUGGUCCACUGCCCUUCCCCUGGCCUGAGGUGGAGCUAGGGAGUGCCAGGAAUGGCCGGCAGAGAGACGGGUUCUUUAAGGCAAAAGGAGGGAGCAAGAACACACCUGCGUGGAAACAGAUGAGGCAGAGAAUGACAUAUCGCUUUGAAUUUGUGAGCAAUUAAAAAACUGCAAGAAGCCAUCUGAUAACACUACUUUUGGGAGAGUAGAGUUGAGUGUAAGAUUUGGUACUAAAGCAUUGAGGUUGUUCUUUCACCUGGCUCCAUGGGUAGCGCCAGAGAGACAGCAGGAGGUGUGGGUCCGACUAUAAGCUCACAUGCUGCCCUUGAGAGCUGGGCACAGCUGCAUGCCAAAGUGCUGGGGUGGGAGUGCCCAGCGGAGGGGAAAGUGAGCCAGCCCUGGGCUUGAUUUGUGCUUCGACACCCACGCCCCCUACCAAGUUAGAGCAGGGCUUCAGGUGUGUCAUGCAGCUUUGUGAAUGUAAAAGGGAAGUCUUCAGUUCCACUCGGAUGUAGUCCUUUUCCCUUUAAAAAAAAAGAGUCAAUACUCUUUUCCUUUGCUUUGAUGACUCGGAUACCUAAAAAAAUUUUGAUGGGUAUUAAACAAAACAAAGCAAAAGGACAAUAAGGAACAUAAUUUUCAGUGUUUCUAAAAUAGGGUUUUAGAGCCCUCUCGGCUGUAUUGUCCUGGGGGAUUGAGAAUCUAAUGUUGGGAAAAGCACAUUCUUCUACUCCUUGGUCUCUCGUCUCUCUUGUCUUGUCACCCUCUGCUUACAGAGCUUUUACUGGAGACGGCAAACUGCAGGCGCAGAGCAGGCAGUGCCAAAAGGGAACAACCACACACACACACACACACACACACACACGGCCUUGUAAAUACUCAUUGCCACCAAAUGUCACUAAAAUCACUCUUAGAAAUUCAGGAUUGGUCUUAAAAGGACCAAGUCAAACACAUUUUGAAAACAGGGUCUUUUUUUCUUUUUAUCUUUCUUAAUCCUUCAUCCCACAGGAGACAUUUGUUAAGGUUGGGUGUAGAAACUAGUACUUGCAAAUCUAUAUGGCUUUUGUUCACAGCUCACACAACCGAGGCUGAGACUACUUUUCAGAUGACUGGCAGUAGAACUAGAAGGGAAUUUAAGGGGCUGAGAGUUCACUCCCUGGCUCUGAGCAGGCAGAAUCUGAAAACAACAGUACAAUCAGCUGAUCCUCCAUUCUCCUUCCAGGGUCACAAUAUACUAUGAACUCAUACAUUGGGCAGGCUGCAGUGUGGGUGUCCAAACAUCAUGGGAAUGGUGGUCGUUUUCUAGCAUCGAGGAGUAAGGAUCACCUUGCUGGAUACACUCACCCUACUUCGAGGGCUUUUACUGCAACAUAGUAAACUUGAUCAGCUGAAACUCUGCAUGCUACGUUCUAGUCCCUGAUCAGUUUUUCACACUUCAUGAUGACAUGCCAAGCUUUUGUCGCUAUCAGUUCAAAGCUAGAGAUUUGACGGGAUGGAAGUCUCCCAGUAAUAGCUGGAGCAGAGGGUCAUGCCCUGGGCUGUUUUGGUUCAGGUUCUCUUAAUUGCCCUUUGGGUAGCUUUUGCGGAAACUGAGUGGAAUGAUUUUUUUCCUAGCUAGCCUGAAAGGCUGUGAUUAGGGAUGAAGGAAAAGGAAACUAGAUGGCUCUCUGGGUCUCAUUUUUCUAAGUCGUUUAUCAUCUGAGUAGGGAUUUCCCUGGGGCUUCAGUUUCAAGUUUCUAUACUUAACCAAACACUUGGGAGGUUCCCCCCCCAAAAGCCUUUGAGCUCUGUGAUAAAUGCUCAGUAUCUUAAACAAAAAUUCUUAUUUGAGGCCAGAGUAUAUAGGAAAAAUAUAUAUUCUUUUAGAAAGCAUGAAAAAUAGUUGUGUAUCAUGCAUGUAGUAGGUAGAUGCAGGAAUGAGGAAGAAAAGACCAAGGUAGUUGAUGUUUUUAAUACAAAAAUAAUAGUAAAUGGAUUUAAGAUACUUCUUAGUCAUCUUUUUGCUCCUGUCCUACCACUUGCAGAGACUUAGUUGCAAUACAAAGUAAAAUCUCAAGCCUUCCACAGAGCUUGCUGAGACCAAGUCCAGCAGCUAAUAGUACCCUCAGGGUACCUCAGGGUCUGGGUACUGUCAGCUGACUUUGACUGAGGCUGAGUCCUGGCAAUAACCUUGCUCUUUCAGCUUUGUUUAAUGUGUCUUAAGGAGCUGGUAUAAUGGAGGCACACACUUUAGGGUCAUCACAUUUAGUUGCCCGUGCCUGAUUUGUUACCAUCCUCAGGUGGAUGCCUCUGCUACUGGAAAUUUUGGCUCAUGCUGCUGGUUGCUUCUGCAGAGGUCCCGAAUCCCAAAUUCUGAGAAAGGAGGUGGGCCAGGGGCUCUUACAUGGCACCCACGGUGUGUGGGCAUGCUCUGGGCUUAGUUGGAUACUCUGUGUUUUCCUCUGGAGAGAGUCCAUGGCCACUGUCAGCUUUUCCAUGACUUCACCCUUUCAUGGGAGAAGCGUAGCAGGGAAGCGCAGACACUCCUUGGCUGACCUGGCAGCAGAUACCUUUGUGUAUCUGGACCCCAGCGUAAGUCUUGGCUAACUCCAACUCAAUGAACUCCUCCCAGAGCCCUUGUCCCUCUGCAGAGUCAUCUGAGUACUCUGUGUGCAGCAACAUUUUUUUCCAAGAUUUUAUUUAUUUUUAGAGAAGGGAAGGGAGGGAAAGAAACAUCAGUGUGUGGUUGUCUCUUGCACGCCCCCCACUGGUGACCUGGUCUGCAACCCAGGCAUGUGCCCUGACCAGCGACCCUUUGAUUUGCAGUCCAGCACUCAGUCCACUGAGCCACACCAGCCAGGACGCUCCAAUAUUUCUUGAUAUCCAUCGUGUGCAGGGUGUUUUAAGUGCAUUGUCUCAUUUAAUCCAAAAAAACCAACCCUUUAGUAUUGGAUAUUGUUAUUCCCAUUGUACACAUGAGAUAAUCGAGGCUCAUAAGGAAGAGUAACUUGCCCAGAGUCACACAACUGUUAAGCAGAGACAGCGUGACACUGCAGUUUUUCUGUAGUGGCCCUGGCCACCUGCCCUGGAAAGUGUUUGAUUGUCACACUAAGCAUACAGCCAUUGCAUAAGACAUGGUCUUGUCAUUCCUCAGGUGAUUCUUCUGGUCACUCCCUGCUAGUGUAAACGGAAAAGGGUGCAACAGAUUCGAGAGUAUUAGUAGUGCAAUGCUUUAGUAGCCCGAGAGCAGACGCUUCAGUGGUCCUCCCAGGGGCUCCAUCGGGUAGGGACUGUGAUGUGGGGGAAGAAAAGGUUGGUGAGCCACCACUUUCCACUGCUAACUGGUGGUCACUCAGAUACGGUGCUGGCUGCAACUCCAGACUCCAGUGUGAGCUCCUGAGGCCAUCCAUCACCUCCUACGGCAGCACCUGAGGGUGGGAGUGGGAGGGGCAUGGGGCGCCUUGCCUUGUGAAAAGUCCUGGGAGUCUGACUCGGUCAGGGCUGUCCCCUGAAACCCCGGGUUCCCCAUCUGCCCAUUUCUCCUCCUCGAGUGGGAAUGCCAACUGCUGGUAAAGAGACAAAGCCACACUGCAGAUGCACACAGCUUUUUUUUGUUGCCCUCCCUGUUUUCAAAGUGAAAUUAAAAUGUGGGGCUUUGAUAAUUUUUUAAAAAUAAACUCCCAAAUGCCAUAGCCUUCGUCCCAUAAAUUUCAAGGCUUUGAUGGCCAAAAAAAGUAGCAGUGGGUGGAGCGCGGGUCCUGAGCCAGAUCUGUAUCUAGAAGAGGUGGGGGUGGGGGUGUAAGUAGAACCGGCCUCAGGAAAUCCCAAAGGCCCACAUCUGAAUUUAUGUCCCUACCCUUGCCAAAUACCGUACAAAUUAGAGCUAACUGUUCACAUUACAAUCACAAUGGGAGGUUUUAUACAGCUCGUUUUUAUGAGUGCAUUCAAGACAAAUGAGUUUCUAGGAAAUUGAUUCAGCUGCGACAACUCAGGGAAUUACAGUCCGUUUGCAUGUCUGAGUUCUAACGGCAGCUUUUCCACCAAGUAGCCAUGGGACCUCAGACAAGUUGUCUCAUGUCUCCGAGCCUUCCUCUUCCCAUCUGAGAGCUAUGAAGGUGCUGUGUGAAGCAGAAUGUGACUUACAGGCAGAAAACUCGGCUUCUAGUCCAGGCCUGCCACUAAUAAUCAGUGUGACCUUGGCCAUCACUUAACCUCAGUGGGGGGCUGGGGAGAUAUGAAAUAAAGGAACUAAGUAUAUUGGGUUCUGAAGUCCCUUAAGAUGCAACUGGAUUUACUUUCACCCAAGGAUGUUAGCAAUUCUGAAUCUCCUCCCCCACCCGCUGCCACACAAAUAAAGGCUAUGGACUCAAAAACCUGAUUUACAACCCAGGUCACGUUCACCAGCUGUGGCUAUGAGACCAGAUGAAGAGAGUUAAGAGGGUGAAAAGGUACAAAUGCAAUAUACUGCUGAAUUUUGAGUCACACACACACACACACACACACACACACAAAAGAACUUAAAAAGCCCCAGUCCCUGAGUGAAGAGAGGAAAGACAUUUUCCUGUUCUACUCAGACCACCAAGAGAAAACUCCAAGGCCAUCUAUGAUAAUCAGCCAGUGACAUUUUGAAUAUCCCCAACUCUAGUUUGCUGCAUCACCUACAAUCAAAAUCAACUUUCUAAGUUGAUUUUAAAAGAAGCUGAGUAUAUAUGUAUGUAUAUGUAUAAAACCAAACUUAUGUAUAAAAAGUCAAGGCAUGUAUACUAGAUAUUUUAAAGAAGUAUUUAUCAAGGGGAAAGAUGUGUGUUAUAAAGUAAACAGAGUCUAUAUUUUCUAUAUAAUGUAGAUAGCAAAAAUAGCUUAUAAGUUAUAGAAGGUUCGGGGCUUUUUUGUUUGUUAUUAAAGAAAAAAAGGAUAAAGAAUGCAAUUCCGUUUCAUGUUUUAAAAGCCAAACUGUUGUGGGAGGUGGCCCUCCCUGCCUGGCUCCGCAGCGGUGCAGUCUGCUCCCCGGGCCCAGGGGCCGAUGCCCACUGUUGCCCCUGCCAUGGCCAGGUUGGCAUCCCUCAGCCAGCUGGCACACCCCCUCUUCACACCUGGCUUCCUGCUGCCCUCCACAAUUUGAGCUGGUGGGAUAAAGGAGUGAAAGUAGCAAAUAAAGAUUAAAGAGAACAAUUA